AUGGCGGCAGGUUUGUCACCGAGGGGUGCCACCACCGUGCCACCCCCGAAGCUCCGUCACCGGCGGCAGGGCUGUCACCGAGGGGUGCCACCACCGUGCCACCCCCGAGGUUCGGGCACCGGCGGCAGGUUUGUCACCGAGGGGUGCCACCACCGUGCCACCCCCGAGGUUCGGGCACCGGCGGCAGGGCUGUCACCGAGGGGUGCCACCACCGUGCCACCCCCGAGGUUUCGGGCACCGGCGGCAGGUUUGUCACCGAGGGGUGCCACCGGCGGCAGGUUUGUCACCACCACCGUGCCAGCCCCGGGUGCCACCAGCCCUCCGGCGAGCAGCCCGGCGGUUGGCCCGCCGUGUCCCAGCGCCAACGGCGGGUGGCGGCGCGGGGACUGUCGCGAGGGCGGCCGCCACCGGGAGGCCGAUGUCCCCAUCGACGUGGAGACGGUGACGCCCAUGCCGGUGCCGCUGUACGACAACCAGAAGGCUCGGAGCGUGAUGAACGAGUGCGAGCGGCACGUCAUGUUCGCCCGCACCGACGCCGACGCGCCCCCGCCGCCCGACGACUGGGAGGAGCACGUCAACAGGACGGGCUGGACCAUGGCCCAGAACAAGCUGUUCAACAAGAUCCACAAAGCGCUGCAGUCGGACAGGCUGGCCCGCCUGGCCAACGAAGGGGCCUGCAACGAGCCGGUGCUGAGGAGGAUCGCCGUGGAUAAAUGUGCCCGCAGGGUGCGCCAGGCCCUGGCCAGCGUCAACUGGGACACCAAACUCAUCCAGUGGCUUCACACCACGCUGGUGGAGACCCUGAGCCUGCCCGUGCUGGCUGCAUACCUGGAUGCCCUGCAGACCCUGAAGGGAAAGAUCCCCACGCUGAUCGACAGGAUGCUGCUCUCCUCCACGGCCAAGACGGGAGCAGCGGGCGCUGAGGCGCUGUCCCUGCUGCUCAAGAGACCCUGGGACCCCGCAGUGGGUGUCCUGUCCCACAAUAAACCAAGCAAACUGCCCGGAUCCCCCCUGAUCCUCAUCGCUUCCUCCGGCCCCGCCAACUCCCUGUUCCCCACGUCCCGGCGGCACCGCUUCUGGCAGUCCCAGCUCUCCUGCCUGGGAAAGGUGAUCCCCAUCGCCACGUCCCUGCUGAACAACGGCAGCGGGGUGGGGGUGCUGCAGUGCCUGGAGCACAUGAUCGGCGCCGUCAGGGGCAAGGUGGCCGAGAUCCACAACCACUUCUCUCACAAGCAGAUCAUCCUGAUCGGCUGGAACACGGGUGCCUUGGUGGCCUGCCACGUUUCCGUGAUGGAAUAUGUCACUGCUGUCGUGUGCCUCGGCUUCCCCCUGCUCACCGUGGACGGCCCCAGAGGGGAUGUGGAUGACCCCCUCCUGGAGAUGAAGACCCCGGUGCUCUUCGUCAUCGGGCAGAACUCCCUGCAGUGCAACGUGGAAGCCAUGGAGGAUUUCCGGGAGAAGAUCCGGGCCGACAACAGCAUGGUGGUGGUGGGAGGAGCAGAUGACAACCUCAGGAUAAGCAAAGCCAAAAAGAAGUCAGAAGGGCUGACCCAGAGCAUGGUGGACAGGUGCAUCCAGGAUGAGAUUGCAGACUUCCUGACAGGGGUGCUGACGCGGGCCGAGAGCCACUCGGGCUCCGAGCCCCGCGACCUGGACGCCGAGAGGAAGAAGAAGCCCCGUGAGUGCAGCAGGAGGGAUCUGUCCUUCGAGCUGCCCGAGAGGAGCAGCAGACCCGCCUCCCCUGCAGCCAAAGUGCCAGCCUCGCCCUCAGGCUCCGAGGACCUGUCCAGCGUGUCCAGCAGCCCCACAUCCAGCCCCAAGACCAAGGUGGCCGCGCUGGCCCUGCCCAAGCCCAGCCAGGUGGGCCCCACGCAGCUGCAGAGGAGGCAGGUGCCGAGGCCAGACGCUGUCCUGACCCACAAGCAGGCACAAGUUGUCUCCGGGAAGCCGCUGCCCCUGGGCCAAGCCGUGUCCAGCACCAAGGAGCUCUCGGGGCUGCUCUCCACCCCCAAGCUGAGCUCAAGCGCCGAGGCCUCGCUGAGCCCGGCCCAGGCCGGGAUCCCCAGCAGCUCCAGCCCCAGCGCCUUCCACGCCCUGCAGAGCCGGCUGGUGGCCAGCAGUGGCCACGGCCUGCCUGCCCAGCCGGCCGCUGCCCUGCCAGGAGCAGCCUCUGCCAGCAGCCUGCUCCAGGGGCUGAGCUUCAGCCUGCAGGAUUUGGGCACCAAGGCCUCCAGCCUGGCCCCCAGCGCGGCGGCUGCCGGCUCACCUGUGCAGCUGCUGAGCAACGGCGGGCUGGCCAAGCUGGCCAGCAGCCUGCCCGGGCUGGCCCACAUCUCCAACCAGGCCGCAGGCCUGAAGGCCCCGGCCACCAUCACGGUGACCCUGCGGGGACAGCCCGGCCGCGUGGGCACCCUGAGCCAGGCGGGGCUGGGCACGGCACAGCCCCAGCUGGAGGAGCAGCCCCAGGGCCCUCAGUGACCGCCACGGAGCCCCCGUGCUGUGGGAGGCCAGGCUGGCAGCGCCGGCGGGCUGUGGCCGUGCUGAGGCUGCCCUGUGCCAGCCUGGGCACCCCGAGGUGGCACCUGCCCUGCAAGGCUCCUCCAGGACACUGCGGGGACACCCUGGGGACACUGCGGGGCUGGCCAGCAGCAGCCAGCCCGCCCCGGGGGCUGUGGGGACCCCCAGCAUUCCUGGAGGGAAGGAAAGGGGGGAUGUUCUUCUGCGUUUGUUGCUGUUUAAUAAAAACUUCCUUUUUUAAUG